CGUCCUGAGGGGGCGGGGCGGGGCUGGGCGAGGCUGGCCGCGUGACUCCCGGCCGAGGCCCACGUGGCCGGGGCGGGGCCUCGGGCGCCCCGGGCGCCUCCUGAUUACGUAGCGGGCGGGGCCGGAAGUGCCGCUCCCAGGUGGGGGCUUUUAAUGGCGGUUCCGGGGUCUCCAACAUUUCUCCCGGUAGUCCUAAGUCUGUCGGAGGCGGAGGCACCCGAGCUUGAGGUUCUUGCUGGUGUGAAAUGACCGAGUACAAACUGGUGGUGGUUGGAGCAGGUGGCGUUGGGAAAAGCGCACUGACAAUCCAGCUAAUCCAGAACCACUUCGUAGACGAAUAUGAUCCCACUAUAGAGGAUUCUUACCGAAAACAGGUGGUUAUAGAUGGUGAAACUUGUCUGUUGGACAUACUGGAUACUGCUGGACAAGAGGAGUACAGUGCCAUGAGAGACCAGUACAUGAGGACAGGCGAAGGCUUCCUUUGUGUAUUUGCCAUCAAUAAUAGCAAAUCAUUUGCAGACAUUAAUCUUUACAGGGAACAAAUAAAGCGAGUAAAAGACUCAGAUGAUGUACCUAUGGUGCUAGUAGGAAAUAAGUGUGAUUUGCCAACAAGGACAGUUGACACAAAACAGGCCCAUGAACUGGCCAAGAGUUACGGGAUCCCAUUCAUUGAAACCUCAGCCAAGACCAGACAGGGCGUGGAAGAUGCCUUUUACACACUGGUAAGAGAAAUACGUCAGUAUCGAAUGAAAAAACUCAAUAGCAGUGAUGAUGGGACUCAAGGUUGCAUGAGGUUAUCGUGUGUGGUGAUGUAACAAGAUACUUAGAAAAUUCUAGCAUCAGAAAAGAGCCACUGUCAAGCUGCACUGACACCCUGGUCCUGACUUCCCUGGAGGAGAAGAAUUCCUGUUGUUAUCUUCAGUUUCACAGAGAAGUUCCUGAUCUUUCCCUGACUCUCAAAAUACCAGUACAUUUUUCACUGUUUGAGAUGAUCUCAGAAUAACUACCUCCUCAUUUGGUUGUCUGACCAGAGACAUGAACCUCUCGUUACUCCCCAGUAUUUUUCCACCCUAGGUUCUCCCCCCGCCCCCAACACAUAAAAACACACCUCUGCCACCCCGGGGUUUUCAUCUGAAAAGCAGUUCAUCUUCUGAAAAAGAACCAAACUAUAGACAUGAAAAUUGUGUAGAAGAAAACAGUAUCUUGAGCUCUAACAUAGCAUCGGCUGGUAUUUGGCUUUCCCUUUUUACUGUUGACCUUGGCACUAUGUUGGUUUUUGGAGAAACAUUAUAAAUUACUGUUUUGCUAAGAAAACAGCUAAUGUUGUUAUUUGGUUGAUUUGUACUGUCAGCUAUAUUCUAAACUGGCACCUGCUCUGUGUUCAUGAAUACAAAGGCUAAUAUAACUGACUUUUGAAUCUUAGUCUUCUUGACUUUCAUGUAGUCAAACCAACUAUCACAACAAAGUGCCUUUUUCCUAGAAAUGGUUUGUGGACUUCCAUUAUAAUGUGUCAGUGGAAUAGAGAUCUCAGAAACCAUUAUACAUGAAAAUGAAUGUCUGACAUAUUUGUCUACUGUUGAGAAAAGAUACACCAGUAUGAUAGCAGAUACCAUCUUAGCUGUCUGAAGUUCGUUUUCCAGAAACCUGUUUUGUGACUUUCCCAAGAGAAAAAUGACAUUGGGAAUAAUUUUUCUUAAGUUUUACCUAACCUGUUUGUUGUGUUUGUUUGUUUUUUGGUAGGUUAACACCUAAAUGAUGUAAUUUCUUUCUAACAGCUUACUGAUAGUUUAAUACUCAGUGAACUUCCAUUUGUAUUUAAUUUUGGGUCAGUUUAAAAAGCUCUACAUUUACAGUGUUCAAAUUUAAAAAUAUUUGUCACUAUUUCAUUAAUAGUUGUGAUGGGUGAUUUCAGGUCUCAAACUAACACAUUUUCACCACAUACCAUAAUACCUUAAGGAUGCAUCUUGCCCUUGAUCCCCUUCUCACCCCAAUCUCUGUCCCUCCUUCUAUAGCAGUGGUGGCUUUACUAGGUUUUUCAGUUGAGGAAAGCAUGGUGCUAAUGGACCAGGGUCACAGUUUUAGAAUUUGAGUGAGCCAGUUAGAGAAAUUGAUUUAUUUGUUGCACCAGUAACCCCAGCUAGUAGUUCUGUUAGGUGCAUGCUCUUAGUCCUGCAAAGAAAAGAGGUCAGCACAAAUCCUUUAACCAUGAGUCGAAAAAUUUGGUAGCUUGAGGCGUCUUUAAAGUAUCUAGAUUUUUUUCUUUAGCCCUGUAGUAACGGUUAUUUAAGCCAUUACUUUUUUUCAUUGAGUUUGGAGAAUGAGGAUGUCUCUGAUCAAAAUUUUAGUUUUUUCUUUAUUCAUAAUCUUUGAAGAGUUCAAAGCAGGAUGUUGGUUAGUCUGUGCAGGUCACAAAAGUUAGUGAGUUUGUUGAGAAAAAAGACUUUGAAGUUGUUGUUUGAGAAGGGAAUGGAAAAUAUGAUUGAUAAAUCCUUAUAAUUUUAGUUUUUAGUUAUUUAGUUAUUAGAAUAAGUCCUUAUUAUAACUUAAUGACAUUUCCACUUGGAGAUUCUAGGGAGAAAUAGACUAAUAAAAAUAGACUUGGAUAACUUUUGCAGUUCCAAAAUUGCUACAUCAGUUGUGAUCUUCUAAUGCGUAGACACUUACUGAGGUCCCCUGUUUCCCUGUAGGAAUUUUCAUUUAUUAAAUAAAUUCUGCACUGCCUUAAAAUUAGUUGAGAAGGGAAGAACUGGACUGGGGGGCCCGGAGUCCAGGGCGGGCCUGUCCGGUUAGUCUGAGAGCUCCCAGUCCUGUCAGCACCUGGAAGUUGGCUCUGCUGCUUUGUUUCUGCUCCUCUGGAGGUUGCUCUGUUUUCCUGUGGCUCUUCUUACCUCAGUUGUUGUUUGUUCUCCUCUUUCUCCUCUUCUUUGCCUGACAGUGACUCUUUAAAAUGUCAAGUUAGGGGAAAGGACGCGUAUUUGGGGCUCCUGUGCGGGUGGCCCAUGUGUGUAUGAGUCUUAUGGUUUUCUCAAGUAUGUUGUAAGCACAGAAGUAUCUAAAUGGGGCCAAAAUUAAAACUUGAAAAUGUUCUCAAGGUAUGCGUUUUGGCACAACUGAGUAACAAAUUAAUAGUGUAAUGCUGAAUCACUUCAGUUAGUGUGGUAUAAAGUGUGGUUUUUGUAAUACAUUUGUGAUAGCUGAAAACAGUUGUAGUUUACCUCAAAAAUCUCAUUUUCUUCCCAAGUUAAGUGCCUGGCCAGCUGUCGUAAGUUACAUAUUAACAUGUGUGUGUUUGUCUUAAAGUUUUCAGGUUCAAGAGUGUAAAAAAUAAGUUUGUUUGUUUGUUUUCCUAAAGGCUGCCAUGCCUAGUCUAUAAAUGAAUCUUAAAUGCUGUAUUAGCUCCAAUAGGUUGGUGUAGAAUAUUAUGGGUAAAUACUAUUUUACCUAAUGACGUUUUUCAUCUUAGGAGUUCAAUAGUGUUUUACUGGGCCCCAUUGUGACUCCUCAUCAUCCUUUAAACUGCUGUGAAUCCUUUAUCUUGACUUGAAAGCAAAGAUAAACACUCUAAAGAUUUUUUUUUUUCCAUUCCAGAAUUUGUCAUCAUACUUUGCUUUACAUUUACAGUCAUCAACCCUUAAGCUGGCAGCUACAACCAAGAACCAAAAAAUGGUGCAUUCUGCUUCUUGUAAUUCAUCUCUGCUAAUAAAUUACAAGAAGCCAAGAUAGAUAAAUUAGGGAAAAUAUUUUAUUUGGGUGGUUUCUUUAAACAAGGAGCAACAGUUCUCAUACAUUUUCUUUCUGUUUUGCUGUUUCUUUGAUCAGUCUUAUGUGCCACAAAACUAUUUUAAGGUGUUUCCUGUAAGAUUUGUUUAAAAGUAUUCUAAGAAAUAGUUGGAUUCUAAUCUGGAAGAAAGGGAGCUGGGUAAAAGGCCAGAAUUUCUGCCCCAGUUGAAUUCUAAUCUGGAGCAUAGGGAGGCUCUCAGUGGAAGUUUGUAUGGCUUACAUUUCUGUGCCAUCAAAUGUGAGUAAAAAUAACGGUUGUGCAAUUCUGCUGUUUAAAUGGAACUAUUGGCUUCCUUGGCCCUCAGUGAAGGGCUGCUUUUUAAGUUGAGUAUUGUAAAUUCAUCCACCCUAAUUUUUGAAAACUUUGUUGAAUGUUUUUAUUGUUCAAUGUUCAAUGUUUAAAUAAAAACUGGAAGUUCUUUGCUUAGUCAUGA